AUGGACGGUUGUCCUGAGACUCCCUAUGAGAUCUCUGCGGAGCCCAUGGUGGAAUCGCCAGUUGGGCCGGAAGACCCACCGCCACCCCCAACCCGAGUCGAUUCAGCCGCAUCCUACGAAAGCCUUGAUCGGCAUCGGCGAAGAAAUCCUCGAACAAGACGUCCGGUGAAGGAAACGCUGGAUGCUCGCUCCCAAUACACGACAAGCCAAGACGAUGGCACCGCGGAACACCACAUCAAUCAAUACCUCAUCAAGCAAGAGAUUGGACGAGGAUCCUUUGGCGCGGUCCAUCUGGCGGCUGAUCAAUAUGGGAAUGAAUAUGCAGUGAAAGAGUUUUCCAAGUCUCGACUGAGGAAACGCGCGCAAUCGCAUAUGUUGCGACGACCACGAGGACCUCGACGACAUGGUACCGGUCUCAACCUCCCCAAUUCGCCAAUGCAUCGGCAUCCAUCCGAAGAUGACAAUGAGAAUGCAACAAACUCACUCUAUUUGAUCAAGGAGGAGAUUGCGAUCAUGAAGAAGUUGAACCACAACAACUUGGUAUCACUGAUCGAAGUAUUGGACGAUCCGACCGAAGACUCCCUCUAUAUGGUCAUGGAAAUGUGCAAGAAGGGCGUGGUGAUGAAAGUCGGAUUAGAGGAACGAUGUGAUCCUUAUGAUGACGAGCUCUGUCGAUGCUGGUUCCGUGAUUUGAUCUUGGGUAUUGAAUACUUGCACGCGCAGGGUAUCGUCCAUCGCGAUAUCAAACCAGACAAUUGUCUCGUGACUAGUGAUGAUGUGCUCAAAGUGGUUGAUUUUGGUGUUUCGGAGAUGUUUGCAAAGGACUCGGACAUGUAUACGGCCAAGUCCGCUGGCUCUCCUGCGUUUCUGCCCCCUGAGCUAUGCGUUGUGAAGCACGGCGAUGUCUCUGGAAAGGCAACAGAUAUUUGGUCCAUGGGCGUGACUCUUUAUUGUCUCCGAUACGGAAAGUUGCCAUUCGAGAAGGCCAGCAUUUUUGAGUUAUACGAGAGCAUCAGAAAUGACCCGGUGGUAUGCGAAGAUGAGCAGGACGAGCGUUUCACGGAUUUGAUGGACCGUCUUUUGGAGAAAGACCCUGCAAAGCGAAUCGAUAUGCAGAGUUUGCGAGCACACCCGUGGGUGACAAUGAAUGGAGCCGAUCCUCUUCUCUCCGAAGAGGAGAAUACUGCCCAUAACGUCGAACCGCCAACCGAGGAAGAGAUGAACGCUGCCAUUACCAAAAAAAUGGGCCACGUUAUGACACUGAUGAAAGCCGUCAAGAACUUCAAGCGUCUCGUGGAUCCAAACAAGUCGAAUCCAGUCAUGCAAAGCAUCCUUGGUGGAGAUCACGAAGCGCACUUUGUCGAGCCACCCAUGGAAAUGGAUCCCGACGAGGAGUUCCCAGCCAUUGGACUGGAUGAAAAUGCUUUGACUGCCCACUCAGGUCUCCGGAAGACAUUAGGGCGAUACCCUGUGCUCGCUGGAGAUCGACGAGACAACUCGUGGACAAGCGACUCGGCCAGUUUUUCGUCUCGACCAGGCCAAAGCCCUGUUGGUAGCAAACGACCCAGUGGUGUCUUUGAGCCAGAACGGAAAGACUCUGGGUCACGCAGUGGUCGGUCCCCAGCAGAUUUCACGCACGAGGCAAGGCAAUCGCAGUCGGGAUCCCCACUGCCACCUUCCCGAGCCAGCUCAGCAACCACCAAACGGAGUGUUGAAGGAACUCGGGGUCAUGCACGGGAUCCAUUGGAGGAAGAAUUCCCAUAUCUUCACAUCGGGCCAUCCACAUACACGGGCUCCUCACAGGAACCCACGGAUCUCAAUAUUGGAAGCGAUCCUGCCCCUCUUGUUGCUGAGCCAGAUAGCAUGAACGACCUGGAUCCAGACUCGGUCGGACCGGUGCAUAUUGUUAGCGAAUCACCGGGAGCAGCCGAGUUUGACAUUUAUGACACGGCCUAUCGGCAGGAACUCGAGCGGAUCAACAACUCCAAUAAUGGCGUCGGUCCGAGGGUGUACCUGACACGGCGCAUUGAGAACAAAGACGAGGUGAUGAACUUUGCCAAGGAAAAGGCGAUCGACUUGCAGACUGGGACCAAGAAGCUUCUCUCUUCCCCAGCUAGAGGCCCGUCCUCGGCGAUUAGUGCAGCCGUGAAUCUGCUUCGGAAUCAGAUAGAACAGAAAAAAGAAGCAGAUACCAAAGAGACACAACAGGGACAAGAGCAGGAAAAGGAACGUCCGAUAACCACCGAACGGCGGGGGUCCAACCCACCUGUAUCAUCGAUCCUGUCGCAAUCCAUCCCAACCCCCGAAGCUUCGUCUUUCGAGGCAACAGGGGUAUCCGUCCCGGAGGCUUCAACUAGCGAAGACUCCAAGGCUCAGUUGCGACGAUUUCUUGGCCGUGUUCGUGAGAAGAUUGGGGAAGAAUGA